AUGGAUCGAUACGAAUUUGAAAUCCAUAGUCAAGUAUUAACAUCUAAUUCUAUUUCAACAACACCAUCAACAUCAUUAGCAGUAAUUCCAACAAUAAUUAAUCCGGAAUGGAUAUCAAUGAUCGAAUAUUUUCUUCAUUAUGCAUAUCCAAUUGUAAUAAUAAGUGGAUUAUUUUUUUCUUUAUUAACAUUAAUUGCAUUAAUACAAAACGUUUAUAUGACAUCAAAACCAUAUUUAUUUACUCAAACAAUAUUUGAUAUAUUGUUUUUAGUACUUGGUGUUUGUCUUUACAUACCAAAAUAUGAUCCAAAUUUAAUACCAAAAUUUUUUAAUGAAAAAAUUUAUUAUAAUUUUCUUUUCUAUAUUCUAUGGUUUAUUAUAAUAUGGUUAUUUUUAAUAAGUUGUCUUGAUCAUACAUGUACAGCAAUACAAUCGAAUGGUUAUAAUGAAAAACUUUUUUGUACACCAUGUAAUUCAAAAAAUACUAUUAUUGGAAUUAUUCUCUUAGGUAUUAUUUUUUCAUUACCACAAUUAUUUGCAUGGGAACCUCAUGAAACAAUAUAUCGUUCAACAUAUUUACGUACAUCAUUUUUAUAUGAACAUAUUUACUUUUGGUUUUUACAUAUUAUUUAUUUAUUUAUACCAUUAUUUGCUAUAUUUGUUUUCAUGGGUACUUUAUUAUAUACAUUAUGUAGAAAAAAAGAACAUUAUUUAUUAACAUCAAAUGGUGGUCAUUAUGGACAUUAUACAAUACAUUAUGCAAAUCCACAUGAAAAUUCUAUACAUUAUUCAAAAACACGUGAACGUGAAAAUAUAACAAAAUUAUUUGUAUUCAUGUGUUUUCUUUAUCUUAUAUUUGUAUUACCAUAUGCAUUUAUAAUUUUUUUUGGUAAAUUAUUUUUACGUGAGCAAACAACAUUAAUAUCAAAAACAAUAUUUAAUGAAAUCAUAAUUGCAUAUGAUUUAUCAUUAUUAUUAUUUUAUGUACAAAUAUUAAUGAAAUUUUUUGUUUUAACAAUAUUUAGUAGAAAUUUUCGUUUAUGUUUAAAAAAAAUGAUAACAUGCCAAUGUUGUUGUUGUUGUUGCUGUUGUUGUUCGGAAUCGUCUUCAGUCGAAACAAAUGAACAUAAUCAUGAUGAUGGUAUAUAUAUGAAAUAA